AUUUUUGUUUCAGAGCAUGCCAUGCUUUACACUAUCUGGACCGUAAAAGCAGCUGAGUUGAUACUAUUUCUACGACUACGUAUUGGGGAGAUUCAUUCACAUAAACUAGUACAUGUGAUCAUUCUCUGGGUUUGUUGCGCUUUAGUGGUGACGAUUUAACCUUGUUCCUGAUCUGAUGUCCUCUAUAGACUAUCUCUUAUCACAGUACUGGACGCUGCCACCCAUUAACGGCUAGAUAAAUUCAGCACUGUACGCAGCUACAAUCAUCAACGCCAUCUUCAAUAUAUCUACGGAUAUUAUGAUCCUUGCCAUCUGGAUUCCACUAAUAUUGAAUGCGAGACUUAAUGUGCGACACAAAGUCGUUGUAGGAAUUUUGCUAUUGUUCCCGCAAUUUAUUACCUCGUCAGUGGCAGUCGCUCCUCUGAAUUCAUACGAAUACAUGAACUGGUACUUAAGAGAGGCGUCCAUCUCAAUUUAUGUGGCUAAAGUACUUGGAAUUGGGGUU